AACUACUAUCAACUGAAGAGGACACUCAUAUUAUCUAUACCCAUAAUACAUAGUCUGUUGGUCAUUUUAUUUGCAGUAGUGACUGCUCCAACUCCUUUUCUAGAACAUUAAUACUGCAGAUUUUCUUCACAGAUUCACACCUGGACUCAGAAGGAGAACGCAUGUCCUCACCUACUAGGAAAAGUCAGAGAGAAAUUUCUUGAAGAAAAAGAGCAAUGGACCUGAUUCCAAACUUUGCCAUAGAAACAUGGGCACUGCUGGCUACCAUCCUGGUGCUCCUCUACCUUUAUGGGACCUCUUCUCAUGGACUGUUUAAGAAGCUGGGGAUUCCUGGCCCCAAACCUCUGCCUUUUGUUGGGACAAUGCUUAACUACAGGAGGGGCAUAUCGAUAUAUGAUUUAGAAUGCCAAAAACAGUAUGGAGAUAUGUGGGGGCUAUAUAAUGGGCUGCUCCCUGUGCUGGUUAUCACCGAACCAGAUAUGAUCAAGAAUGUGCUAGUGAAAGAAUUUUAUUCUAUUUUCACAAAUCGACAUCUUUUUGGUCCAUUUGGAUUUAUGAAAAAAAGUAUAACAACUUCUGAGAAUGAAGAAUGGAAAAGAAUCCGAUCAUUGCUGACACCAGCCUUUAGCAGUGGAAAACUGAAGGAGAUGUUCCACAUCAUCCAAGAAUAUGGAGACUUGCUGGUGAAAAACAUGAGUCGGGAAGUAGAGAAGGGCAAGAGUGUUACCAUGAACAAUGUAUUUGGGGCCUACAGCAUGGAUGUGCUCACUGGAACCUUAUUUGGAGUGAAGGUGGAUUCCCUCAACAACCCCCAGGAUCCCUUUGUGAAAAACACAAGAAAGCUUUUUAUAUUUGACUUUUUCAAUCCAUUGACUUUCUCUACAGCAGUGAUUCCAUUCCUUUCCAGAAUAUAUAACAAACUAAACAUCUGCAUCUUUCCAAGUGAUGCUACAUCAUUUUUUAAAAAAUUUAUAGAAAAGACCAAAAAAGAUCGGCUUGAAAAUACCCAAGAGCACCGAGUGGAUUUUCUUCAGCUGAUGAUGAACUCCCAGAAUUCCAAAGACAUGGAGUCUUAUAAAUCUCUUUCUGAUCUGGAGAUCCUUGCCCAAUCAAUCACAUUUUUUUUUGCUGGCUAUGAGACAACAAGCACCACUCUUACAUUUAUUACAUAUUUACUGGCAACUCACCCCAAUGUUCAGGAGAAACUCCAGCAUGAGAUUGAUGCAGUCCUGCCCAAUAAGGCACCUGCCACAUAUGAAACCCUGUUAGAGAUGGAAUACCUGGACAUGGUGGUGAAUGAAACUAUGAGAUUAUACCCAGUUGCUACCAGGGUUAACAGACUCAGUAAGAAAGAUGCUGAAAUCAAUGGUGUGCUCAUUAGCAAAGGGACAGUGGUGGUCAUACCUGUCUUUGUUCUUCACCGAGAUCCAAAAUACUGGCCAGAUCCUGAGGAGUUCCGUCCUGAAAGGUUCAGCAAGGAGAAUAAAGAUAGAAUAAAUCCUUAUACAUACCUGCCUUUUGGAUAUGGUCCUAGAAACUGCAUUGGCAUGAGGUUUGCUCUCAUUAACAUGAAACUUGCAAUUGUCAAAAUCCUGCAGAACUUUUCCCUGAGUCCUUGUGAAGAAACAGAGGUUUGCUUGAAAUUAGGUAAGAAAAUGACUCAUACUGCAGAAAAGCCUAUUGUCCUGAAGGUUAUAUCAAGAAAUGGAGCCAUAAAUGAAGGUUGAUUUUAUCUCAAGUUCUGUUAUGUUCUUCAAAGUGUGCAUUCUAAGUACAUGAAUUUUAAUUUAUUCCUGAAGAAAAUCUACAUUAAUAUGUAUUUAAUCUACCAUGUUUCAUGACAGAGUCAUCAAUUAUUCUUCAUUGUCUUGAUAGGGUCUCAAUUAUUGUGUAUGGAAGGAAAAUUACUAUUUAAGAAUCUUGAUGUUCUCUCAUAACAAAAUUUGCCCAUUUUCCCAAAGAUAGGACAAUAUGUUUCCUUUCAAUGCUGAUAAAAUAUUUCUCAUUAAUUUUGACAAUAUUGUUUCCAACAUAGAAUCUUUACUUUUCUAUUUGUGGCUGGGCAUUCCACUGACAUUUAUUCUUUGCACUUUGAUGAGUUGUAAGGUUCUUUGUUAACCACUACCCACUUCACAAAGAAAUUUCAUUGAUUAAAUCAGAGGGCUACAUUAAUCUAUUGGUAAAUAAUGCAAAUUUAGAAGGCAUUUGAAUAUUAAGACCAUUUAUCAGAAUAAUAUAUUCUUUCUUGUGCCUGUGAACUCCACAGCCAUGGGUUAUUGGCCAGAGAUACAGUGCUAACCAUGUGUUUCCUCCAUUGGAAUGGACUUAAAUACAAGCACAAAAUGUUGUCUAACCUAUAAUAUUCAUCCAACUAUUCCAUAUGUAUACUUCUAUCUUGCCAUGAUGGUCAUUAUAGGAGUUCAUGAGAUUCACUGCUGGGUAAAAAAGACUGUUGAUUUCUUUUCCCCCAAAGAAUCCAAUACAAUAAAAUAUUGUCAUCAAGGAGA